UACACAAGAACUAGUUGACAAACUAUCUGAGAUCUAGCUUCCUGUUUCCUGUAAAGACAGCACAAUAUUUGGCUCCUCCAAGCCCACCGGAAAGGUACAAACGGAACAGUAAGCUAUCUGACGCUGCUUAUACAGAGUUCGGCUAUUUGGAAGCAGGAGAGGAGGAAGAAAAGGCAAACCCAUCUGGAAAGGGAGGAAAUCUUCAGCCUUCUUCCCCAAGGAAGAGAGCAGAUUUCUUGGCCCAGAAGAGUUGGGGGAACUGCCCUGAAAGUCUCCGUUGAAGAACAGCACUGACUGCUGUUAUGUAUGCUGAACCAUCCACCAUGAAUUUCCGGAACCAUGGGUUCUUUCGCCGUUCUCCACCCACUUCGGUGGCGAAGACAUCUCCUGCUGCCGGGAACACAUUGUCGGUCUUAGGAGGCAUUGCUCAAAUCUCUCCUUGUCUCUAUCUCUGCUCUGGCAAUGCUGCGUCGAAUAGACACAUGGUGUACUCCCGGGCUGUGACCUGUAUAGUAAACGCUACCAUGGAAAUCCCCAAUGCCAACUGGCCAGAUAUUGACUAUGUGAAGGUGCCUGUUCCAGAUCUCCCCCAUGCUCCACUGUCUUUGUACUUUGACUCCGUGGCUGAUAGGAUACACCAGAUAGGGAAGAAGAACGGAAGAACUCUAGUCCACUGCGUGGCAGGUGUCAGUCGGUCUGCUUCCCUCUGUAUUGCUUACCUAAUGAAAUAUCAUCGGUUGAGCCUCUUGGAUGCUCACGAGUGGGUGAAGAGCCGGCGACCGGUUGUAAGGCCCAACGUAGGUUUCUGGAGACAGCUCAUUGAAUAUGAACGCAAGCUGUUUGGAAAGAACACCGUCAAGAUGGUGCCUUCACCCAUUGGGUUGGUCCCAGAUGUCUAUGAAAAGGAGACCCGUGGGCUGGUCCCCUUGUGGAAUUUGCGAUAAAGACUAUCAUUGAUGUGGGCUGGGGGCCACCUUGACUUAGAAUGAAAAAGUUCCACCAUGUUAGGAUGUUUAACAGAAUUGCUCAGUGUGGUGGAUCUUAAUAAGAAAUUCUGUUAGUGGUAGUCUUUUUCUAAGACCUUGCAAUAUGAGUACAGUAGAUCAUGGAAAAGACAUGAAUUGCUUGAACUUUUCAGUGUGAUAGACAAUGAUGUUUGUUAUCAUCCUGUCAAACAUUGCUAAGAAUCUGUAUCUUGCUUACAGUCUGAGAUGAGAAAUGGUUAAACACACAGGCAGUAAAGAUUACUAUCUAACGCAGAGACUCCAAGGUCUUUAUAAAUUAAUAUUUGCAUAGUAAGGAGAAAUGUCUUUCCCCCCUUUUCCCCCCUUCUGCUUCCAGAGUUUCAGAAAUCCUUCCUUAGGUUUGUUUUAAUUUGAAUAAGCACAGUAUACUUUCAUUUCUGAAGAGUUAAGCCCUAAGGUGAUGUGAAUUAAAAUAAUGAUAGACUCAUAGACUCUAAUCACCAAUAGCCAAGAAGCUGCGGAUGGCACAACUAUCAACAAUAGGUAUAAGAUGCCAACUCUACAAGGGAAUGUUAUUUCAUACAUACAUUCACUAAGCAAGUUGCAACUUGGCCAUGGUAUGCCACUCUUGUGGGGAAGAUAGAAAUUUUUGAAUAUUGGCUCAGGUUACACUCAAACAGGGUAGAGAUGUAAUUGGAAAGGGAUUGAAGAACAAAUACGCCAAUCAAGCCUUCUUCAUACCCCUUGUUAAGAUUCAACUGUAUGUACCAGCGAAGCUUUCUCAACACACUGCACCUUAAAAAAGAGAAAAAGAAAACACCUUGAAAGUUAACACUUUCACAGUGAGGUGACAAGUGCGACUUCAAAAAUGUUUAAGGCUGCACAGUGAACAAGUAGUAGUGUUACAAUUUGGUGAGAGCAAGCAGUCCUGUAGUUUUGAUUAUGUGAUUUAUAGUAUUUUAUAACAAAGAGUGAAGCCUUUAUAAUAAUACAAAGGUAUAAAAUUGGAAGAUAUAUCUAGACUUGAGCGAAUAUCAAUUGAGGUCUAAGUGUAUCAUGGUGUUUCUCAAACUUGGCAGGUUUAAGAUAAGUUGACUUCAAUUCCCAGAAUUCCCCAUCCAGAAUGGCCAUCUGGGGAAUUCUGGGAGUUGAAGUCCACAUAUCUUAAGUGUGCUGCCAAGGUUAAGAAACUCUAGUGUAGUAGAGGAUAUCAAAUAGGAGGUGGGGUGUCCAAACCGGACAGCAUAUCAAAAUGGUUUAAAUUAAUUAUUAAAGCAUGUGGACAAUAUAUCCAUAAUAAUUAUGGGAAGAUGUAAUAAAAAUGGAGAAAAAAAUGAAUUAGAUUCCCUUUAGAUAUGUUGAAAUGGUAACUCCCAACUUUUAUAGUCAGUAUGACCGUGAUCAGUUGUCAUUCCAGCAUACUGAGAGGCAGUACCAUGUUUAAAGAAAGAUGUCUUAAAAGAACUCUAUUAGGGACAAAUUCUGGAGUAAAAUGUCAGCUUGAAUGGAAGAAGCCCAGAUGUGUUUUUGCAUAAACAUCACAUAAACAUAGUCAAAUCUAUAACCAAUGUGGGUCUAUGCUUAUGAAAGAAGUGGCUUAGCAACAUUUCAUAACUGUAUUUCUCUGUCCAAAACAAAGAAUAUAGUUCAUUCCCAUCUUGAUUGUAUUAACUUUUCAAUACAAUUGCUAACUGGCCUUUUCACAAAACAGUAUCUUAAGCUUUAUAUGGGAGUUGAAGUCCACAUUUUCACUGAGAUUGAGAAAUAUUGGGAUAGGGCCGUGAUGGUGAACCUAUAUCACACGUGCCAGAGGUGGUCCGCAGAGCCCUCUAUGUGGGCACGCGUGCCAUCGCCAGCUGCUCUUCCGUGUUCCAUCACACGCAUGCGCACUGACCCGCUGAUCUGACAUGCAUGCGCACCAGCCAGCUGCACUCUUCUGGGUUCCAUCGUGUGCAUGCUUGAAGACCAGCUGGCUGUCGUGCAUGCACGUGCUGGAACCCAGAAUCGAGCAGCUGGCCACUGUGCAUACGCACGAUGGAACCAGGAAGAGUAGCUGGCUGGUGCCAGCUGUUCUUUUCUGGGUUCUGGUGCUCCAGUGUGCACGAGCAUGCCUGCAUGCAUGCACACAUGCGCACUCCAGUUUAGGCGGUGCUGAAAAGGUUAACCAUCACUGGUAUAGGCCAUCUAAGCAUGGAAUUCAGAAAUUAUUUCAUUUAUAUAAAUAGAAAAUAGUCUCUUCCCACAUUUACAAUAAAGAAACUGAGAGGAUAGAACGUUUUUUGGAAGCAAAGUUGUUAUUGUAGAUUUUGCUUUUUAAUGGAUAUGUAACAGCUUGGAUAUCUGCCAUGAAAAAUGUCUCAUGUUGGCAUUUUACAUGUGGAUGGGGAUAUAAUAUUGGGGUGACUUUUUUGUGAGGAAGAAAACUCAGACGGAUUAUUUUAAGUUUUAGUUUGUACAAUGUUCUAGCACUUCCUGCACCAUAAUUAUUAGUGCCUGCAAAUUUGUCUAGUGAAGGACAAUGGCAUAUAAAUGCAAACAGUAUUUGCAUAAAGCUACCAUUACCAUCCCCCCCCCCCCCCCCCCCCCCCCGAUAUAUAUUUUUAGUUGUUCAGGCAGUGGCAAUAACAGAAGGGUUUGGGACUGAAAGCCAUGACUAGAAAAGAUCCAUCUAUCAGAAGGAAACACAAAUCUCCCCAAAUAUCAGUCUAUCUUCCUCUCUCUCUUAGUAUUUACUUCAUUUUAUCAGAGUUCAGAGACUAAAUAGGGGCACAUCUUUGUAAUAUUUGGAUAGUGGUCUUAGACAUAUCCAGGAAGUCACCAGAAGACAAGCUCAAUUAGAAGGAGAGGUUAUCUUUUUACC